AUGACUCGGGUUAUCGCGGCCGAUGAGUCUGGUAGUCUGAAUGGUCGGCGUUUUCGCAAUGGCGGGCGGUGUUCGCGCGGAAUCGGACAGCAUUUUGGUCUCGAGAAUCUGCUACCGUAUGCCUAUCGUAUACCAAUGGGGAUCAGCGUGACCGCAAUUCGUUCUGCAGCUGAUACAACUAGAUCAAGUUCGAGCCCAUCAUCACGUACUGGCCUUGAAGGUCGAAGUAUGUCGCUAGGUGCGAUGACGGUGAUGUCUUAUGAUAUCUGGAAAGCGAAAUGUGCUGCUGAGAAGAAGCGGCUAGAAGCCGAAGGAAAAGUUACUGUGGAUGGAAAAGUUGACGACGAUCCGAUGAUUACCGCUUCACCACCGGCUCGAAAACGUGCUCAUACAUUUGUCGCUACGGACGAACCAAAGGAAAUCCCAAAGGUUUCACCGCCUAAUUUAAAGGACAAAAAAGGACGCUAUAUUUUGUUGCCCACGAUUCCCGCUAUGAAAGUGUUUGUCGGGGAGGAUGCUCCAGCUAUCGUUCCAACUGAGCCGACGAAUAUUCCAGCAGUUCCGGCGACGGCGGCGGCACAGGAGAAGACGGUCGCGACCUCGACGGCGCCACUCGGGCUGCCGGCCACGAUGUCACUGCCGGCUACCUCAGUGCCAGUGUCUCUCCCACCGUCUCUUCCCCGUCCCAGUCCAAUUGCCGUCACCGCUACCGCGCCCAGCUUCUUCCAUCCGUCACUAGCGAGUGUGGCCGCUGUACCGCCGGCUGUGCCCACCACCACUACUCAUUCUCCUUUCACGGAUCAGUUACUUGCCACCCUACUACCUUCCAAUGUACUUCUACAAAACGCCGGCCUACUACAGCAGAGUGCGUUAGCAGGUCUGCUCAGCCUAGCUACUACUCCUGUUAUAACUCCUCCAUCGACGUCAUGUGCUAAUGACGUUUUAGCGUUGCUCAGAGCUCAACAAUCCGCCCAGCUAGCUGCCGCCUUAGCACUACAGAAUAAAAAUAACUUAUUGCCAACAAGUUCUCCCGACGACCUCAUUCAAUCGUUGCUUGCGCAAACGAGGCAGCCAAUUUUUUCACACAGCCUUUAA